AUGUUUGAUAAGUCUCUCUGCUUAGAUCUGCAAGAUGCUUGUAUAAAUGGUUAUACAGAUGGUACUAUUGCUCCUAUACAAACAUACCUAAUUGAUACCAAAGGUGCUAAUAUUAAUGCCGUGGAUACUACUGCAGAUGGUAGAUAAUUUAUUAUUGAGUUUUUACUCAGCAAGAGCAUUAACGUUAAGGUCUGAUAUUAAUGCAACAGGCACCACCACCUAUCAUAGAAACCCUAUGCAUGUUGCUCCUCAAGGCGGUAAUAAAGAUGUUAUUGAGUUUUUUUCUCAGCAAGGGGUAUUGAUGUUGAUGAUACUGAUCAAAAUGACUGUACGCCUCUGCAAUAUGUUGCAUGGUAAGGUGAGUUAGACACCGUUAAAUCUCUCGUUAAUAAAUGCGCUAAUGUUAUGCUAAAAACAAUAAAGGUAAUACUCCUUUAGACUUAGCUACUAUACUUCAAGUAAAAUCUUUUUAGGACAAUCACAACUCAAUCUGAUUAAUGUUACAAAAGAGGGCACCUUGAUCUGGUCAAAGAGUAUGUUGAUAAAGGAAUCGGCUAGAUGCUAGAGAUGAUGAUAGUUAUACCCCUUUACAUUGGGCUGCAAGAAAUAGACACUUAGGUGCAGUAAAUACCUUAUGGACAGCAAUGCUAACUUACACACUAUGAACGAAUAUGGUUAUAUCCCUUUCAUAGAGCUGCAGAAAGUGGUGCUUUAGAUAUAGUAAAAUACUUUUAUAGAAAAAAACAUCUUGAUACGAACCUUAAAGAUGCAAUUGUUAGCCAUCACUGGUCUUCACUACACUUGGCUCCGCAAGAAGGCAAGUUAGAUAUUUUAAGUAUCUUGCGAAAAGGUGCUAAUAUACUUGUCCUUGAUGCUCAUAAUUACACUCCUCUUCAUAGAGCUGAUCAACAAGAUAAAUUAAAUUUAGUUCGAUAUUUUAUCGAGGAAGUAGAAAUUUUAGUUAAUAAACUCAAUCAUUGGAAUGAGUAG